AUGGGAUGGAUCAAAUACGACGGAAGCACGUACUUCGAAUGGACUCAGCUACUCGGACCCAUCCUCCUGUCUGUCGGAGUCACGUUUGUCUUGAUCGCUGUCUGCAAGUUCAGGAUGCUCACAUGCAAGACAUGCAAGCAGGCUGAUGACAGGGUGACAGAGGGGGAGCAGCCGACCUGUGGUCAGUCCUUUGUUUUUACUGGCAUUAAUCAACCCAUAACGUUCCAUGGAGCCACUGUGGUCCAGUACAUUCCCCCUCCACAUGGCUCCCCGGCACAGGAUGGCAUUGUCAUGACCGCAGCUUCAGCGCCUUCUGCAAAUAGGUCUCAGAGCAAUACCCCACAGAGCGGGGCACCAGGAACCACGAUAUGCCCCCCACAAUACUUCACAAUAUUCCCCCUGGAUAAUCCGUCCUUUGUUGGUGAAGAACACUGCCCCCCUUACCAGAGAUCAAACAGCGAUGAUUGCAGGUGA